AUGCCGUUCGCCGGAGCCGUCGCCCCCUGCACCACCAUCCUGCUCCUCCUGCUGCUCGUCCCCUGUGCCGAGGGACAACCGCCCGAGGCGACGCCGCCGCGGGGCAUGGCGAUCGGGCAGAUCCUGUCCAAGAACGGGUGCGGCGCCUUCGCCGGCCUCGUCGCCGCCACGGCCGGCGUGGGCCAGGUGCUCCGCGAGCAGAGCGACGCGGGGCUCACCGUGUUCUGCCCGGACGACGGCGCUGUCGCGGCGUUCACCCCGCGGUUCAGCAACCUCACCGCCGACCGCCAGGCCUCGCUUCUUCUGUACCACGGACUGGCGGUACGCUCCUCCGAGGUGGAGCUCUCCUUGUUGACCCGCCUCGGCGGGGAAAUCGAGGUGCGGACGCUCGAUCGGGGCCGCUGGGGCUACGGCAUGCUCACCAUCUGCGACUGCGGAGGCACCAUGAGGCUCUCUUCGUCGCCGCCGUCGUUCACGAUGCCGGACGAGGCCAGGGUCACCAACACGGUCGUCUACAACGACCGCCUCACUCUCUACCUCAUCGACGCCGUGCUGGUUCCGGGAGCGCCGGCGGUGUUCGACUACUCGGACAGCCUGGUGACCGUUUGCUUCUUGCUCGGGAUCGUCACCUUAGUCUUGGGGUCGUGUGUUCUUUCUGUCAUUCGUGCAUGAGAAGAUCGUACCGAAGUUGCGCCAUAGGGCGACAAGAACCUUAGUUCGUGAUCGCUUCCGUGCGUCCCCUCUCCCGUAGUCCUGCUGCAAGCCUCCUUCACGGUCAGAUCUCCGUCCCUGAUGUACCGACUGGUGGCACGUUAAGUUUAUGUAUCCCAUGGCCGUCGUUUUGCACGGUGUAUGUCUGUGACUUGUCUAAACACUACCAUCUCCUGUGCUUGCGUCUUCUCUGUCUA